AUGGAUCAGCCAACCUCCACCAAACCGGUCGUUUUUUUCGACAUCACACUAGGAGGGGAACCCCUCGGUCGCAUUAAGAUAGAAUUGUUCGCAGAUACUACCCCGCGGACGGCGGAGAAUUUCCGCCAAUUCUGCACUGGAGAAAGCAAGAACUCUCACGGACGACCGCAGGGCUACAAAAACAGCAAAUUUCACCGAGUUAUCAAGGAUUUCAUGAUACAGGGUGGUGAUUUCAUCAAUGGCGAUGGCACGGGUUGCUGCUCGAUCUACAACACGCCCAGGUUUCCAGAUGAGAACUUUGUGCUGAAGCAUGAUCGCGCCGGGUUGCUGAGCAUGGCAAACUCAGGACCCGACACCAACGGCUGCCAGUUUUUUAUAACAACAACAGCCACCCCUUUCUUGAAUAACAAACAUGUGGUUUUUGGCCAAGUGAUUGACGGAAUGGAUAUUGUGCGAAUGAUCGAACAUACACGCACAACAAGGGACAAACCAAACCAGGACGUUGUCGUGUCACAAUGUGGGGAAAUGUGA